GUGCGCGCACCCGCUGUGCGGCCAGUCUGCGUGCGUGAGUGGGAGGCGGCGGGCCUGCGACUCCGGCCUUAUCGGCUGACCGUUUAGUGCUACGUCUCGGUGCCAUGAACCGGUUUAGUGCCCGGUUGGUAGGGGCCACGGCGACCCCGUCGCCGCCCCCGAAAGCCCGCAGCAAUGAAAAUCUCGACAAAAUCGAUAUGUCUCUAGAUGAUAUUAUCAAGUUGAAUCGGAAGGAAGGAAAGAAGCACAAUUUUCCAAGACUAAAUAGAAGACUCCAGCAAAGUAGUGCUCGGCAGUUCAGGAUGAGAGUACGGUGGGGAAUCCAGCAAAAUUCUGGUUUUGGUAAAACUAGUCUGAGCCGAAGAGGAAAAGUAAUGCCUGGGAAGAGACGCCCUUAUGGAGUUAUCACUGGCCUUGCAGCUAGAAAAGCAACUGGAAUUCGAAAAGGAGUUAGUCCUAUGAAUCGUCCCCCUCUAAGUGACAAGAACAUAGAACGGUAUUUUCCAGUGUUAAAAAGAAAAGCAAACCUUCUGAGACAAAAUGAUGUGCAAAGAAAACCAGCUACAGUUCUCAAGAGACCUAAUCAGUUAAACAGAAAAAGUAACAUUCCAGCUAAUUUUACCAGGAGUGCAAAUAAAUUAAGCCAUCAGAAAGAUACUCGUCAGGCAACUUUUCUUUUCCGAAGAGGCCUGAAGGUUCAGGCCCAGUUGAACACAGAGCAACUGCUAGACGAUGUAGUAGCAAAGAGAACUCGUCAGUGGCGUACUUCCACCACCAGUGGAGGAAUUUUGACUGUGUCUAUUGACAAUCCUGGAGCAGUACAGUGCCCAGUAGCUCAGAAACCACGAUUAACUCGUACAGCUGUACCCUCAUUCUUGACAAAACGGGAACAGUCUGAUGUAAAGAAAGUUCCUAAAGGUGUCCCCCUACAAUUUGACAUAAAUAGUGUUGGGAAACAGACAGGGAUGACUUUGAAUGAACGGUUUGGAAUCCUAAAGGAACAAAGAGCCACUCUCACAUACAACAAGGGAGGAAGCCGCUUUGUCACUGUGGGAUAGAUCCCAUGUCAAAGGAACUUUUGAGUGAUGAAUUUGUUUGAAAAGUUGAGUUGCUUGAAGAGUUCAUCACAGAAAUUCAAAAAAGUUUACCAUAAAAUAUUCACAAGGCUAAAUAAUUCUUAUUUUUGAAGUUUUUUUUUAAGUAUAUAAAAUAAUGCCCUGAAAGGUAACAGGGAAUAUACCUAUCUGUUCUUAAAGAUUUCAUGGUUUUCCCAGACAGAACAAUUUUCUGUUGACCUCCUUGGUUCCUCAUGCAGCAGAUGGAAGAUAGAAAGAAAGAAAUUGAUUAUUUUUAUGAUAGUGAUAUUUAGGAUCUUAUCACCUUUGCCCACUUUUUAGACUUUGCCAUGGUAAAGUACUUUGUCCUCUGUAAUACAAGUAAGUCCCUUUGUUGCUGUUAUUUAUCCUUUAAGAGUUUUGAUGUAGUAAGUGCAGUUGCCUUUUCUUUAGACACAUUUUUUAGAAAUCUUAUGUGUAUUCCAGUUUUGGCUUUUAAGAUUAAUGAACUAUCUGGAACUUGGUUUAUUUUUCAGGUGGUGUUAAGUUAGACCCCUGGAAUUGUAAAUCUUUAGUGCUGACCUUUUAACAAGAAAUGUGGUUCUUGGCAUUAGUCUUGGUUUAAAAUGUUAAUGUCUGAAAGCUGUAAAUCACGAUAACACAGUUAUCUGAUAGGACACUGGAGAAGGUUCAGUGUAAAAAGCCAACAGUUCAUAAUUAGUAAUGAAAGGAUGCAAAGAAGGAGCAAGUCAAAGGACCAGAAACUUAGGUGAAAAGCUUCAAAACCCAGGUCAUAGGUAUACUCUGGAUUUAUUGUAUUCUUGAGUUCAGUGUCUGCAGAUUGUUCAACUGAUACUUAGAAUUUUAGUUUUAAAAAUACAGCAAGUCCCUUAGCUAUUUUGAUAGUAAAAUUAAUAGCCUUACAAUCCUAUAUUUUCUUCUUAUUCAGAUAGUUCAGAUUAUAAGCCUGCUUAAAUUAAGUAAUUUAUAGCUCCAGAAAAAAAAGUAUAAAAUUACAAUAAUUUAUAUUGUAACCUUCGUUGUAUACCUUCCAGGUUUUUUGUAUGAUACAAAGUUCAAGCAUUUAGAGGGAGAAAGAGCUUUUCCUGUACUCUGGAGAAGUGGGAAUGAUUUAGUCUAUUGUGCCAAGAUAGCGCUGAGAGUCUUCAGAAAUUGUGUACUACAAAUUACAGAAAAAUGCCAAAAUAUUGUAAAAUAUUCCAGCUGAAAAUUAACAAGUUUGGUCAUUUUGAAGCUUUGAUUUUUGGUUUACUAUAUAUAAUGUUUGAACCUCUAAAUAGGUGGUGUUUCUCUGGCUUAUCUUAUUAGUGUUGACUUUUGUUGUAAAACAAAACAUUAUCACUCCUGCCUACCUUACAUUGUUUACUAGACUUCAUUGUCUCUUUGUUCCUUGGGUUACUUACUGGUUUAUGCUAGCCAUGGGAAGCUAUCAAUAACAGUUUCAUGCUUAUACCAAAGAAAUCCGAUCCUUAAUAUCUAAUGUUUUGCCAGUACUUUGUUUGAUAAGGGAUUAUUGGAACCCAGGCACAGAAUUUGAAAAUAAACUCUAUCUCCUCUUAGCAAUUUGAAUCUUUUCAUAGAGGCCAAGGAUUCAUUGUAGAACAUUUUUGCAAAUAUGAAUACUUAAUAUUUGAUCCAAGAACAAUGCAUUUUAGACUGGCUGGAAUUGUUGGUAGCUUAUUUUAUUUUAUUUUUUGGUAGCUUAUUUUAAAGCAAAGGAAAAACAACCAAGCAUGAGUGUGCUAUCUUUAGAACAGGUUUUGAAAAUAUGGUAUAAAAGGGUUCUCAAUUUCAUUAUUUUAAAUAUUACCAUACAGAGGUGUUAUUAAUGUCAUUUUUUGUAAUAUCUUAAAAGUUGCCCCAAAUGUUGACAUUAAGCACAUGAAAUUAACAGUGUCUUUGGUAUAUUAAACUUUUGCAAUUCA